AUGUAUCCGUUUGCCUUCUUGGGCAGAAAGAAGCCUCUACUAGAGAAUAAUAAUAAUAGUCCCUUCUUUCGAAGGGAGUUUCCUGGGGAAUUGCCAAUAAAUAAUUCACCAGCCAGUAGAGCAUCAAUAAUAUCGGCCGGACCAGACGUAUCUAAAGGUUCAAUACUCGAUACGGAUGAUAUCGAGCCGGAUCCGCAGAAUAGAACACUGCCGGCUUCAAGAUGUUCUAUUCUCCAGAGCGAAUUUACCCAGACUUCUAUUCUAGAUAGCGACAUCCAUAUGACUACCCAGAGUAGUCCUCCACCUGUAAUAUUAUCAAGCACCUGUGAUUAG